UAUAUAAAGAAGAACAUCCAAUGUGUGAUAUUCAGAUCAUAUAUUAAACCAAGUAAAAUGUUGUUUUUCGCUUCACUGUUUUCUGUCAUUCUGCUCGCUUCUUCUGAAGCUGUCACUGAAGGCCCAGCAUGCGAGACCGACGAGCGUUAUCAGUGCAAUGGACAGAUUGGACUCACUCCUGAGCCAACCGACUGCCACGUAUUCUACAACUGCGACUUAAACAUUCAAACCCCAUGCCCAUCGACCUGCCCACCUGGCUUGGCUUUCGACCCAACCAUUGGAUUGUGUAACUGGGAAUCUUUGGUCGCCACAUGCAACGCUAUUCCACGAGCAAGAGAAGCACCAGGGCCAGCCUGCGAUGAUUCUGAGCGAUACAGUUGCAAUGGAGGCGUUACUGCUGUAGCCGACCCUAAUGAUUGCACCGUGUUUUACAACUGCGAUUCCAACAUCCAAAAUCCUUGCCCAUCGAGCUGCCCACCAGGCCUCGGAUACGAUGAAGCUCUUGGAGUUUGCAACUGGAUGUCACAAGUUGCAUCUUGCUAAUAAAUUCGGGUUCUUAAAAACAUCAGAUGCUAGACAAAGAUGGAAAAUUUCGUGAAUAAUUUUGGAAGUUUAUACCGUCAAAUAAAUUGUCAAGUAUAAUUAUA